AUGUCUUCAACUUACUCAUCACUAUUUGUGGGCCAACAGCUGCAAUCAGACCUGGCGGAUGGCGAUCUUGGCAAAUUGGACGGCCUCGAAGGGCUUCCCCUUGAGAUUAUUUUCGAUAUUUACCAUCAACUCGAUGUCCGGAGCAUACUCUCCCUGGCUCAGGUCAACACUCUUUUCCAUGGACUCCUGACAAGAAAUAAGGCGGCAAUUUUGCUACCAGUCCUUCAGCGAGAGUUCAGCCCCUUGCCCGAGCUUCUCCAAGUCUUCACGGCUUCGGACCAAGACAUGAGCCAGUAUGGAGAUACCUUUCAGCCGCGACGAGUAGUUUUCAGAAGAUUUCCGGGCGACAUGACGGGCGUCACCUUAUCCCGUGGCGGUGUUCAGCACAAUACAGGGGCUUUGGACGGCGACAAACCACCAAGAACUACUUUGCCGUCACCUCGAUCGGUCACGCUUGUUGAACGAGACUUGAGGCCCUUGCUGAAGUAUUGCUUGGUGACACGACAAUGGGAGGAAUUAUUCCCUCAACUCCACUGGUUUGCGACACCUGAGGACUGCCGUCAACUUAACGAAUUAGAGAAGUUCAAGCUUCGCCGUGCUCUUUAUCGUUGGUGGCUCUACGCCUUUUACUUUCACGGUGAACUUCUUCGUCCUCGGAGCAGUCAGCCGGAGCCGUUCGUCAACGAUGUCCGAACCAGUCACAUGAGACUUCAUUCAACUCGCGAACUGAUCGAGAUGAGAGAUCUUUUUUUUUCGAUGAAGAAUCUUGUGCGGCAUUACAUCUACCCGAACUUAGAGCAGAACCUAGAACCUGUUGACGAGAGCAGCCCACUCGAGACUAUGAUCGAGACCAGCAUUCGCGAACGCAUUGUGGACACGUAUGCCAAGCUCGAUCCGGAAGACCUGAUGUUUUACUUCGAGAACUUGUUCAACUACCCUCGGAAGAGGCUGGUAAUGGAUGUCAAUUUGAAGCACCCCGCAUUCUCCCAGGACCAGGAAUCGUUUGUAGCAGCGAUCCAGUCCGCGACAGACGAGCGGCCGUGGCUUUUCGACAUUGCUGAUUUGACCAGCAUUGGAGGCAUCGUUACCUCUGAUGACGACUUGGACGAACAUCUUGUUCGUGACGGCAGCCACGAUGGCUCGAUUCCUCCUCCGGGAGCGUUCCGGCGGCCGAGAGGGAUCUGGGCGCCACCAGGAGAUGAUGGUCGAGCUCUCGCCGAGCGAAGUCAUUCCUAUGGAGGGCAACGUUACUAA